ACUGCGGGGAAAGAGACCGAGGGAACACGACCGGACUUCUGCUCUCUGAGUUUCUACAUUUUAUCAGACAGAGUGAGAAGAGACAGCCGAGAUGAACGAGACAGAUUUCCGCCUCCCGCUGUCCGAGUACAGCUUCGAGCGGCGCUUUGACGAGAGAGGAGCGAUCGAGUGGAUGCAGGCGAACUGGAGUAAGUCCUUCGUGUUCAGCGCCGUGUACGCCGCCCUGGUGUUCGGAGGCCAGCACUACAUGAAGCCUCGACCCAAGAUGAACCUGCGGCGGCCGCUCGUCCUCUGGUCGCUCAGCCUCGCUCUGUUCAGCAUCGUGGGCGCCAUCCGAACCGGCUCCUACAUGGUCCACAUCCUGAGCAGCAGCGGCUUCAGACAGUCCAUCUGCAACCAGAGCUUCUACAACGGGCCGGUCAGCAAGUUCUGGGCGUACGCCUUCGUCCUGAGCAAAGCGCCGGAGCUCGGCGACACGGCGUUCAUCGUGCUCAGGAAACAGAAGCUGCUCUUCCUGCACUGGUACCACCACAUCACCGUGCUGCUGUACUCCUGGUACUCCUACAAAGACAUGGUGGCCGGCGGCGGCUGGUUCAUGACCAUGAACUUUGGCGUGCACGCGCUCAUGUACAGCUACUACGCCGCACGUGCCGCCGGGAUGCGCGUGCCUCGGCCCUUCGCCGUGCUCAUCACGAGCGCUCAGAUCAGUCAGAUGGCCAUGGGGCUGACGGUGAGCGCGCUGGUGUACCGCUGGAUGCAGCACGGCGACUGCCCCUCCCACCUGGACAACAUCGCCUGGGCCUCGCUCAUGUACCUCAGCUACCUGCUGCUCUUCUCCAACUUCUUCUACCAGACGUACCUGCGCCGCCGCAGCGAGGGGAAGCCCACCAAGACUGACUAGAGACCAGAGGCAUUGUGGGACGUCUCCCCUACCGCAGAUGGUCACGUGUUAAGACUCAAAGCUGCUGUCGUUUAAAAAAAAACUUUACUCUUCCUGCCAGAAGAAGCAGGUAACACUUUAUUUUACAGGUUUAACUUCCUGGAACAGAUGAAGCGGUUCGUACUCGUUGACCAGCUUCCAAUAACGCCGUUCCUUCAACCUUCUGUCCUCUAAAGACUUUCUAGGUGACGCCAAUCCGUUCUUUCCAGGAAGUUGGGUCAAAACUGACUGGACCUGUAAAACGUGCCUUCUGAUUCUUCUCGGUUCAUUUUAUCGUCCUUCAACUGAAGAUUUGAGGGAAAACAAAAUUUAAAGUCUUUAUCUCCAUCAGAGUCAGAAAUCCUGCAACUGAUUCUCACCUUCAGUCUCGACCCACAGCAGCUCAACAAAAGUGUUUAUAUUUAUUGGCCCGGCGACAGAGUGUAAAUAAAAUAGUAUGAUGAAACUUAAAUAGUUUCUUGUCACCACUUCAGCAUUAAUAACAGAUCUGUGAAUAUCCAGUCUGCUCUGGAGGCGCUGUCCCUGACACGCCCGUCACAUUCCUGCCGCUCCCGUUCAGCUCGUACAGGUUUACCCUCGCCACACCUCCACCUGUCUGUCAGCAGCCAAUCAGGAGGCUCGCUCGCAGGGCGUUUGCUUUGUGAGUCAGUUAUGUCCUGACGGCAACUCCUUUUUCUUUACAUUUAAUUAUUCAAAGCCUCCCAGAGGAAAAACCUGCUCCUGACGUUUACAGGCUGGAAACCCCAGAAAUCUUUAGGACUCGACAAAAUCAGACGAAGCUGCUCAACUUUGACUUUUGGAGCUUGAAUAUUUAAAACAAAUCCAUCUGCGUUCGCUGCUGCUUCCUUCAGAUUUGACUCUGACAUUAGCUGCGACUAAAGAUUAGCUUUGCUUGUUUAGCUUGUUAAAGGGCCGUCCUCUGACUUAUUUAAAUGUUCGUUUUGUCCACAGACUUAGUUUACUGGUUUGAAAACAAAGUCCUCACAUUAACACGAUCAAACUGUCAAAUUGGUGCCGAUGACUGACCUUCUGUUGGUCAAACGGGAAGUUUUUCAAGCUGCAGACAGAGAGCGCAAAUCUGAAACCAGUUUACAGCUGAGAAAACAUUUAUUGGUUUAUUAGUAUUAAUCUGACACAUGAUGGCAGCCAAUCGGUGGCCGGAAAGGUCUCCAACACUCGUGGUGUUUCACUUCCAGUUUUUAACUUUACGACACAUUCUGUGAAUCACAAGCUGAAUGUGACUGUUGGUCUCUUGCACCACAGAGGGUUUGACUGUUUUACAGCUGUUGGCGUUUUCCUCAAAUCUGUUUGCUUCUGCAGCCGUUCUGUUUUUAAGUGUGUGAUUGUGAGUUUUAAGGAGCCGUUCAGCAGGAGAAGCUGUUUUAAAGAAUGAGUCGAUGAAAGCUGACAGACGAUGAUUUUCUGUAUGAACACACUGAGAAACAAAGAUGUUCAAGUUUGUAAUAUUUUAUUUAUUGUUUGGAAAAAACAUAAUAAAGAAGUUUGUUUAUA